UAAUCCACACUAGUGAUUCCAUGGCAAAAGCAACUCACAUAGCUAUUGUUCCGAGUCCUGGUUUUAGCCACCUAGUCCCAAUAGUUGAGUUUAGCAAGCGACUUGUGCAGCAUCACCCAAAUUUUCAUGUCACUUGCAUCAUUCCCUCACUUGGGUCACCCCCAGAUUCCUCCAAAGCCUACGUUAAAACCCUUCCUUCAAACAUAGACUUCAUCUUCCUUCCUCCAAUUAACAAAGACCAAUUACCCCAAGGAGCAUACCCUGGGGUCCUAAUCCAACUCACUAUUACUUUCUCGCUGCCAUCAAUACACGAGGUCCUAAAAUCCUUGUCCUCUAAAGCCCCUUUAACUGCUUUGAUGGUAGAUGUUUUUGCAUUUCAAGCAUUGGAUUUUGCAAAGGAGUUCAAUGCUUUGUCCUACAUUUACUUCCCUGGUGCAGCUAUGGUACUGUCGCUGUUUUCACAAAUGCCAAAACUAGAUGAGCAAAUUUCAGGUGAGUACAAAGACUUAAAAGAACCUAUAGCGUUACCAGGUUGUGUUCCACUACAGGGGAGUGAUCUUCCAGCUCCAACCCAAGAUCGAUCGAGCGAAACUUACAAACUUUUUCUUGAACGUGCCAAAGGAAUGCUUUUAGCUGAUGGAAUAUUGAUCAAUAGCUUCCUAGAAAUGGAAUCAAGUGCUAUAAGAGCAUUGGAAGAGGAAGAAAAUAACAAGAUCAAAGUUUACCCUGUGGGACCCAUUACACAGAAAGGGUCAAACAAGGAUGCUGAUGAGUGUUUACGAUGGUUGGACAACCAGCCACCUAGUUCAGUGUUGUAUGUUUCUUUUGGAAGUGGUGGAACACUCUCUCAAGACCAAACCAAUGAACUAGCUUUGGGUUUGGAAUUGAGUGGUCAAAGGUUCUUGUGGGUUUUGAGAGCACCAAGUAAUUCAGUUAGUGCUGCUUACCUUGAGACUGUAAAUGAGGACCCUUUGCAGUUCCUACCAAAUGGGUUUUUGGAAAGGACUAAAGAGCAAGGCUUGGUUGUGCCUUUGUGGGCACCUCAAGUUCAAGUCCUUAGUCAUAAAUCAGUGGGUGGGUUCCUAUGCCAUUGUGGUUGGAAUUCGAUUCUGGAGAGUGUGCAAGAGGGAGUGCCACUAAUAACAUGGCCACUCUUUGCUGAACAAAGGAUGAAUGCAGUGAUGUUAACGGAUGGACUUAAAGUAGCAUUAAGGCCAAAGGUUAACGAAGAUGGCAUAGUGGAAAAGGAGGAAAUCGCUAAGGUCAUGAAGUGUCUUAUGGAAGGAGAAGAAGGUAAAGGAAUGCGUGAAAGAAUGAGGAAGCUAAAAGAUUCUGCUGCUAAUGCACUGAAAGAUGGUUCUUCAACACAGACCCUAUCUCAGUUGGCUAGCCAAUGGGAAAAUUAUGGUGCGAUUUUGGAAAAUAAAUUUUCUUAAUUAAGUUGUUUUGAUUUGGAUCUUUCCACCAGGGUGUCUUUUGUGUAAUUUUCUAAUUUGUUUUCUUAGACCCGGUCAAGUGUUCAUUGUGUAGUCUCUCAGAUGUAAUGCAUCUUUGACACGUGGCGUAUACAUGCUAAUUGGUUUUCAAUUUGAAUUUUAAUUCCGGUGUCAUGAACCCCAAUUUAGUAGAAUUAGACCUUAAAGUUCACUUAUUCAAUGGAUUAGUCGUUUUAGGAUAAGGUCUUUGGGUGCCCAAGUCAUCGGUCAUAAAGGAGUAGGUAUCACUCAAUGCAUAGUGAGUGGUGCAAACUUGUAAAAGGGUAAUCCAUAGUCAAGAGAAAAGAAAAAAUAGUGCAUGCUAGGAAGAAUAUUCCAUCAUCUAGAUAAAAGUUUGGCCCUCACUUUCAUAGAUACACACGUCACACGGUCAAUGCACCAAGCAUGAUUAUAUAUAUACAAAUUAAAUAUUGGCACGACCAAUU